AUGUCUCUUAGUCGCUUUGCUGUUGUUCUUUUCAUGCUUCAAGCAAGCGCUAUUGCUCAAUCCACAACGUCAUCUUCGACAACAACGCCUAUUUCUCAGGCCACUGGAAGCAGUCAAGUUCUCCGCCCUACACAAGGCGAGAUCGUCACCUACGCUUCUCCGUACACUAUUCGCUGGACACCACCAAAUGUCUCAGGAAGUAUCUCGAUCGAGGUAUGGGAUACUGAUACGUCGGGCUUGGCGUAUUCCUUUACGGAAGUCGACGGGAUGGAUAAUCAGCCAAUUGCCUGUGAUGGCUACCUUGCCAAUAUGAAUUGCGGGAAGAUAGCGCAACGCAUACCGGAUACUGGAGAACAUGGUCAGUUAUCCCCCAUUCUUCUGCCACAUGCUGGCAACAUGUUUGCGGGCUCGUUGGUUUGA